AUGCCCAAAUUGAAACCUAUUCGUGGACCAACAACAUCAAAUGAUAAAGUGUUCAUAUUGAAUGAUUUUCAAACAAGAAAGAAGAUAAAAAGGUUGAUAGUUACUAUAAAAUUGCCUUCCAGUAUUUUGAAACUGAUUGAUACUUCAAAAGACUCAUCUUUGGAUAAAACUAGUACUAAAAAAAGACUGAAUUCCAAAUCAUCACAACCUAAAUCGAAUAAAGAUUCCAAUUCGAAUUCAAAUACAUAUCCCUAUUCACAAAUUCAACAAAUAAAUACGCCUCAACAAAAUAUAAGAAGAAACGAAACAAACAUUGCGAAUGAUCAUAAAAGACAUCCUCAUACUAUGAAAGGUAAAUCAACAGCUUUUACGGAAGAAUUACGUAAAAUUGAUGAUGAAAUAAAUAAAAUAUUAAAACAACCAGAAAAUCAAGCUCAGAUGACGACAUUCGAUAAUUCACAGGUAUCAAAUAAUACUCAAACCUCAACUCAAUCAGGUCAAGAAUAUAAAAUUUUACCUUCAAAUGUUCUUUCGGUUUUAGAAGAUGAAAUAAAAGAACUUAAUCCUGAUGAGGAAAAAGAAGAAGAUGAUGAAUUUUUAAUUGAUAAAAUCAUUUUUUCUUUAAAAGAUCCAUUAGGUGGUAGUAGAAUAAAAUUACCAGUUAAAAGUUUACAUUGUAAACAUUUUGAUUGUUUUGAUUUUGAAAAUUUUUGUUUAUUUAAUAAAUUACCUGAAAUGAUUAAAGAUUUAACAAAAAAAACUUUGUUUAGACAAAAUUAUGAAAAAUUAUCAAGAAACCAGCAAAAGGUACAACAACAACAACAACCACAACAACCACAAAAUCAAGCAUCUGUACCGCAAGCUCAACAUCAGCAACAGCAACAGCAACAGCAGCAUCGUCAACAACAUCAACAACAAUAUCCACCAAUACCAUCAACACUACCACUGCCUAUGCCAAAACAAUCACCACCAUCUACACCAUAUCCACCAUAUUAUCAUCAUCAAUACCCUACACUGCAACAACAACUACCUUUCCAACCAGCCAUGCAUACAUCUUCUCAAAUACCAAUCACAAGCACAAAUCAACCAUACCCAACAUCGAAUACAAAUCGACAUGUUAUCAUACCUCAACUCAGAUUAGCUCCUUAUGUCACAGUACUCAAUAAUGAUGGAACAAAUAAUAAUACAAAUAAUAAUGGGCUGAAUGGAACCACUCAAUAUUCCAAUUCAAAUCAACAACAUCGACAAGUAUCAAUAAAUAGAUAUACAUCAAAUUUUGUAACUCCAACUUAUCAAGCAUGUCCAUUUUAUAAAUGUCCAAUUUGUGAUGUAAAUUUUCAAUUAAAUGCUUUAACAAUAAGUGAAACUUUUAAUUUUUUUGUACAACGUACUCCAAAAGAAAUUGAUAAAAUUGAAUUAAUUGGAUUAAAAAAAUAUAGAACAAUUGAUUCAACAAAUUCUUAUAAAACUAAAAGUCCACUGAAUUUUAAUAAUAAUGAUGGUAGUAAUUUAAAUAAUCAAAAUGAUAAAGAUUUAAUAAUAACAUUAAGUUCUGAUGAUGAAGAUGAUGAAAUUUAUAAACAAGAAUUAAAUCAUAAUAAUAAAAAAAUGAAAUUAGGAAAUAUAAUGAAUGGAGGAGAUAUUAAUAAUAAAAAAAGUCCUAAAAGAAAUUUAUCAUUAUGGAAACAAAAUCAUUUUGAUCCUUUUGAUGCAUUUAAAGAUAAAGGAGGAGGAGGUGACGGGAGCAGCUGGGAUGAUCCUGUGGUUUUAGAUUAA